CUGGGCUUUGGGACUGGUGGACUGCUGGAGGUGGGCAGGCGCGUUCGGCCCGCCGCUCGCCGACCCCAGCACCGCUAGUUCCGCCUCUGCUCCAAGCUGAUUGGAUAGAGACGCUCCUUUGACAGCUCAUCCAAGCAAAAUGGCUGGUGGGCGGGGUUUCUCCUUUGCCCCGCCCCGGGGCGUGGCUACGGCAGAAGGCCCCAGUGAGGCCUUUUCCGGCUGCCCGAAUGCCCUAGUCGCCGCCACCGCCGAUGUGCCUGUCCUUCGGCUCGGCAAGGGACUGACGCCCCGGGUUGGAGUCCCGGGUGGUGGGAGGUUGAGCAUUGAGCCCCGCGGGGGUUCAGACUGACUUCAUGUCCUGCGGCUCUCGUGGCCACACACGUACACAAAAUGGACUGAGGCUGGCGAGAGGCUCCGCGGUUAGAGCACUGCCUGCCCUUGCAGAGGGCGGGGUUCGAUUCUCCGCACCCCGGUGACUCACACGCGCCUGUAACUGCAGCUCCAGGGACCUGAGCUCCCUUCUGGCCGACACGAGCACCGCAUGCACGCGGUGCGCAGACACAAAUGAAACAAAGCUUUGACCUAGCCCUCCCUUGCUACGACCUUCCCUUGAAAGCACACGUUACGAUCAACGCGGGGCAUCGUUCCUCCUUAGUUUUCACUUUGUUUCCUCAUUUUUAAUUUUAUUUUCUGUUCCUUUGAGACAAGGUCUUACCAGGUAGACCGAGCAGGCCUCGAACUCAGAGAGUCCCUGUCCGGAGCGUGACCAGCAACGCCAGCCGCCUCCUCGCCCCCCGCCCACCCUCCAGCCAGCGCCAGGCACCCACUCUUCUCCUUCCACGUCUGCAAGCCUGUGGGGCCCGGCUCCGCCCAGCAGAUGGCGCCCGCGCUCGCUGGCCUGAGCUCGGGAGGAACCCUGCAUGGCUUCCAGAAGGAAAAGCCUCUACCUCCUGUCGGUGACAACUGGGGUCACCCUGCACCAGACGCCCCAACGUGCUCGCGUGUCUCCAGCAAAUAUUCUAUCAACGUCUGCGCCCCAGACUGACGGGGGGGGCAGGAGGGAGAAAACCGAGCACGGAAAAUUGUGUGUGUGUCCUGCUCUCCUGCCUUUUGGGAACCCAGCUACAGUUAUUCCCAGAAGCUGACUCCUGAGGAUCACAAAGUCCACGCGCAUUUGUAUAUAAAAAUAAAUUUUAAAAUAAAAAGGGCUGGGCAUGGUGGUGCAGAGGCAAGAGGAUUUCUGUGAAUUAAUACCCGGCUGGGCUGCAAACAGAUCGAGUUCCAGGACGGCCAGGACUACACAGAGAAAAGCCGUCAGGAAAAAAAACCAACCAAACCAAACCAAAUCAAAACCUCGAAUAAGCCCCUCUCUUAGGUUCGUGGCCGCUGUGUCGUUGCUAGUGCCAAGCACCCGUCGCCAUGCCUCAGAAAACUGAGGAAAUCAAGGCCUUUCUGCUCACAGCCCUGCGGAAGGAUGCCCAAUCUGCCAAGAUCAAGAAGAACGAGGAUGGUGAAGUCCAAGGUUUGCUGCAGCAGGCACACCUGCUCAUCACAGCUGAGAAGGCAGAGAAGCUCAAGCGGUCCCUGCCCCUGGUUUGACAGUGAAGGAGCUGAAAUGAGCCAAUCAUCUGGAAAGGGGGGGAGGGGCAGAGCUAACAGUACAGAUGCUCCCACAGAGGACCCAGGCUCCAGUCCCAGCACCCACAUGCCACCUCCAGUUACAGGGAAUCCAAUACCCUCUUCUGGCUUCUUAGAUUCCAGGCACACAUGGUGACAUGCAUGAAGAGCAAACAUUUUUUUUUUGCUUUUCUGUUUUUUCCAGACAGGGUUCCUCUGUGUAGCCCUGGCUGUCCUGGAACUCAUCUAUAGCCCAGGCUGGCCUCGAAGUCACAGAGAUCCACCACCUCCACUUGGUUUUAAAAUAUCUUUUUUUAAGCUGACAGUGGUGGUGCACUCCUUUAAUCCCAGCACUCGGGGGCAGAGGCAAGCAGAUCUCUGUGAGUUCAAGGCCAGCCUGGUCUACCGAGUGAGUUCCAGGACAGCCAAGGCUAAAACAGAGAAACCCUGUUUUGAAAAACAAAACAAAAAUUAAAUUAAAAUAUUGUUUAAGGAUUGAUUGAUUGAUUUUAAGAGUGUUCUAGCUGCAUGUACACCUGCAGGCCAGAAGAGGGCAUCAGAUCACAUCAUAGAUAGUUGUGAGCCAUCAUGUUGGUCCUGGGAAUUGAACCCAGGUCCUCUGGAAGGACAGCCAGUGUUCCUAACUGCUGAGCCAUCUUUCUAGCCCCUUAAAAUAUUUUCUUAAUGAGGGGAACAUUACUGUGACAGAGGCCGAAUUGAGCUACAAUUAUUUAUUCACAUGGUUGGGGGUCAGGGCCCACCUCCUGGGAAUUCUCACUUAUACUGUGUGGGAUUCAGGGAUCAAGGUCAAGCAAUCCAGCUUGGCAGCAAUCGCCUUCACCCACUGAGCCCUCUCACGACCCUCUCUUCCCUACGGAAACCAGGCUAGCCCCAAACUCAACGAUUACCUCCCGCCUGUGUCCAGAGGGCUGAGAUCACAGACCCCGUGGUUUCAUUCUCCAUCCCUCAUGCAGUCUGGAAGGCUGCGGUGCUGAGAGUAAGGCGGUCCAGAGACGCCGCGCCAACCUGGGCCACCCUCAGCUCACUCCAGGAAUUAGCUGUGUAGCCCAGGAUGACCUUGACUCUUAACUCUCCUGCCUCCAAGCCUCCCCUACCCCUGUACUGGGGUGAUGAGCAUGUCUGAUUUAAUCAGUGCUGAGGAUAGAGCUCAGGGCACGUGCAGGCCAGCAGGGCUGAGUCCUGAUCUUCCUGUCUCGGCUUGCAGAGGAGCCAGGCCUAGCCUGGAUCACAUAGCAGGUCACUGUCACCUCACAGGAGACUCAUUUCUCACGGGAACUUUUGGGGUUCUCAAGUUCCUGCCCUCCAGUUUGUCUGCGCACCCCAGACAUGAGUUGUUGAUUCCAAAGCCGAGCACCCAGAUUUUAUUUAUUAUCUUUGAAUUAAUAUUUUUAAAGAGUUAUUUAUUAUGUAUAUAAUAGUGUAUGUAUAACAAUGUUGUGUCUGCAUGUCCACCUGCACCCCAGCAGAGGGCACCAGAUCUCACUAUAGAUGUUUGUGGGCCACCGUGUGCUGGGAAUUGAACUCAGGUCGUCUGGAAGAGCAGCCAAUGCUCUUAACCUCUGAGCCAUCUCU